AUGGAGCUCGGGUUUUUCCGCGUCGACUUGUUUGUGCGAAACGUCGGAUGGAAUUUGGCGGGCUGCGGGCUAAGUUCCGCGUCGCGCGGCGCCGACCGGCCCAGGAAUGCAGCCUUGCUUAGCUCCACUCGCGAUUUAGAUAUGCCCGUGUACCGAUACAUGUUUUCGGAUACAGUUCUGGGAUGGCGUUGUGCAAGCGUAGACAGAGCGCUGCCCGAUCGAGUUACGGAGACCGCCGGUUGCGAAGCGUGGCGCACGAAUCAACGGGAACAGAUGUCGGCCACCGGACACGAGCCAAAUGCGGUGGCGACGUCCGCCAUUUGCAUGCCUGCGUCCAAAAAGGGACGCGUCCCGUCAGCUACG